AUGGGAAAAGGAUUUUUCACGCUGAAGUUCGGAACACAACAAGACAAAGACAUAGCCAAGGCCAAAACGGUUUGGGAUCUUUCUUCUGGCUCACUUCGAUUGCGUGAAUGGACUCGCAACUUUGAUCCUCAUAAGGAAAUAUCUUCCCUUAGUCAAGUUUGGGUUCGCAUAUAUAAUAUGCCCGCUGAAUAUUGGCACCCAGAGGUUUUUGCGGCCAUUGGACGUACGUUAGGAUUUCCUAUCAAAUUGGAUGGCACUUCGGCGAAUUGGGAAGUGGGAAGUUUCGCUAGAUUGCUUGUUGAGAUUGAUUUGUCUCUUCCUUUAAUUGACUCUAUGACAAUUGAUUGCGAUAUUACUUCUUUUUAUGUGGAAUUUGUCUAUGAACAAUUGCCUCGCUACUGCUCUCUAUGCAACAUAACAGGCCACGUUCUCGAUAAAUGCAAGCGGCUUAAAAUCAAUGCGGAUGGUAAUGAUUCCAAGCAGGCUCCAGCUAAGGAAGGCAACAAUUAG